AUGAAUGAUAUCAGAGCAAAGCUUGUAAUUGUUGGUGAUGGUGCCUGUGGUAAGACUUGUCUGUUGAUUGUAUUUGCAAGAGGAACCUUUCCUGAAGCAUAUAUUCCUACUGUAUUUGAAAGUUACGUAGCAGAUAUAGAAGUAGAUGGUAAAAAUGUUGAGUUAGCAUUAUGGGAUACAGCUGGUCAAGAAGAUUACGAUCGUUUACGUCCAUUGUCCUAUCCUGAUUCUCAUGUCAUCCUUGUCUGUUUCUCUAUUGAUUCCCCUGAUACAUUGGACAAUGUCCAAGAAAAGUGGAUAUCUGAAGUACUACAUUUUUGUCCAGGAAUUCCGUUCUUGUUGAUUGGUACAAAGAAGGACUUGAGAGAUGAUCCUGCAAAGAUUGAAGAAUUGAGAAAGACUAACCAAAAACCAGUAACAACAGAUGAGGGCAGGGAUGUUGCACGAAAGAUUGGUGCUCAUAUGUACAUUGAAACCUCGGCAAAGACAGGUGAAGGCGUGCAGGAAACAUUUCAACAAGCAGCAAGAGCUGCCUUGAAUAUUCGAAAAGCCACUGGAAAAAAAGGAAAAGGAAAGUGUGUUGUUUUGUAA